UUGUGGUUUAAAGGAGGAGAGAGCGCGCUUGGGUUAGCCGACGUUCACCACUCGGGAUGGAAAAUUUUCCGUCUUUCUUUUCACGAAAUGGCCUUUCCCAGAAAAUCUGAAAAUGUCCAAAAUAAAUACAAGAGCUGUCCGGGGAUGCGACCGCUCUUCAACCGGGCGGUUACACGGAAACCCUGAUCUGAUGAUAACAGCGAGUGAUGCGGUCGUUGGGAUUAUCCCAGUUUUCGCCACCCCCUUAGCGGGGCCCCUCUGUGUGCCAGUCCUGCUGCAGCAGCAGUGAGAGUUCAGUCGGGUUGGGGAGAGGAAUUCAGAGGGAGAUGCUGCUGUCUGUGACGGGCGCAGCUACAACAACCCUAAGGAAACCAACCCGCAAAUAAACUCAUCUCGCAAUGGAUAAUAAUGACGCGUUUCUGCACCUCAAUUCUUCUGUGCAGGUAAAUCACGCCUCUGUGACCUCUCCUCCGUCUCAGCCUGCAAUGAACACCAUGGUCGGACACCCAUCCGUGAUCAGUGCUUCGAUCAAUUCCUCAAGGCCACUUCCAUCACCAAUGAACACUAUGGGAUCCCCUAUCAAUGGACUUGCUUCGCCUUAUUCGGUUAUAACAUCCUCAUUAGCCUCGCCAUCUGUUUCUAUGCCAUCGACGCCUGGUAUGAACUUCGGUUCAUUAAAUAGUCCACAGAUGAGUUCAAUGAAUAAUGUAAGCAGUACAGAAGAUAUUAAACCUCCCCCUGGACUUUCUGGAAUUGGAAAUUUAAGCAGCUACCAGUCUAUGAGUCCAGGAUCUUUAUCCAAACAUAUUUGCGCAAUAUGUGGCGAUCGAUCAUCGGGCAAGCACUACGGGGUGUAUAGUUGCGAAGGAUGCAAAGGCUUCUUCAAAAGGACCAUCAGAAAAGACCUUACCUACACGUGUCGCGACAACAAAGAGUGCCUGAUUGACAAGCGCCAGCGUAAUCGGUGUCAGUACUGCCGCUAUCAAAAAUGCCUAGCAAUGGGCAUGAAAAGAGAAGCUGUUCAGGAGGAGAGACAGCGGGGCAGAGAGAAGAGUGACAACGAAGUGGAGUCCACAAGCAACUACAAUGAAGACAUGCCAGUGGAGAAAAUUCUGGAAGCUGAGCUUGCAGUGGAGCCAAAGACGGAAACAUAUAUGGAUGCCAGUCUGGGAAACUCAUCUAAUGAUCCUGUUACCAACAUCUGCCAAGCAGCUGACAAACAGCUCUUCACUCUUGUGGAGUGGGCUAAGAGAAUCCCCCACUUCUCUGAACUACCUCUCGAUGAUCAAGUCAUUCUUUUGCGGGCAGGUUGGAAUGAAUUGCUCAUCGCCUCCUUUUCUCACCGCUCAGUCACUGUGAAAGAUGGCAUUCUCCUGGCCACUGGAUUGCAUGUCCAUCGCAGCAGUGCACAUAGCGCUGGGGUUGGCUCGAUUUUCGAUAGAGUUCUUACUGAGCUAGUGUCAAAGAUGAAAGACAUGCAGAUGGACAAAACAGAAUUAGGGUGCCUGCGAGCCAUUGUUCUUUUUAAUCCAGAUGCAAAGGGCUUAUCGAACCCAUCUGAAGUGGAGGGACUGAGGGAGAAAGUGUAUGCGUCACUUGAGGCUUAUACAAAACAGAAAUACCCUGAGCAGCCUGGCAGAUUUGCCAAGCUUUUGCUGCGACUUCCAGCUCUCCGGUCCAUUGGUUUGAAAUGCCUAGAGCAUCUCUUCUUCUUCAAGCUAAUUGGAGACACCCCCAUAGACACCUUCCUAAUGGAAAUGCUUGAAGCACCGCACCAAAUAACAUGACAUAGACCUCUUCCUUUUGUAAAUAUUUUGAAGACUAUGUAAUUGAUAUUAAAAAUGAUUACAUUGUAAACUACAUAUUUUGUAUCAUGUCCAAGCACAAUUAUUAGUGUGGAAAUUUAUAAUGGGAUUUAAACAGCUCUGUCAAAUGAUUUUCAUAGAAAUGUAACAGCAAGGUUUUGUAAAUAGGUCAUUCGAGUUAUAGUUUCCAAUUUAAUAGUGGCUUAAUGCAAUGUACAUCUAAUUUUAUUUAACAAUAAACUGUUCAAACAGAAACUGUCAGAAGCCAUGAAUUUCUAGAAGAUGUACUGCAGGAAAAACAGCUUUGCACUUUGUUUUCAUUUUGAAAUGCAAUUUUUGUAGGUCAUAAAUUUGCAAAAACAGAUACUUAAUACAGAUACCGUUACGUAGAUUGUUACACAUUAACAACCUUUUAUACAAAAGGGGCAAAUGAUGAACUAGGCCAAAAAAAUGUGUCUAAAAGUAUAAAAUUAAUCGUGUGCCAAUUAUAUGUAAUUUAAAAUAUUAAUUUAAAGGGAUUUAGUUACAUUAAUAGAGCUUGAUAAAUCAUAAAAUGCGUAGUUCUUAUUUGCCCAUUCUGAAAAUCAGGCUGUAGUUGUUCAGAAUGCAAAUAUAUCACUAAUGCGCCGCUAGGUGGCAGGUUUUGAAAAGAAAUCGUCCCUCUUUGCUGUACUGUAUUUAAACAGUUCUGUUUGUACUAUUUUUUUUAAUUCUAAAAAUGUCAGUCUUACACACUAAUUGCACAAAAUCGUCUCACCGUCUGCUUCAAGGUAAAGAUGUAAUAAAAACUUGACUUUCCA